GACCCAAUAUAAGGGUAGGGACUAAAAGGAAGUCGUUCCGGGUCGUUUCGGUGUCGGUGAAACGCGCUCUCGUGGAUAAACCAUGACUUCGCUGCGGGCUUUUACCUGUAACGACCUCUUCCGCUUCAAUAAUAUAAACUUGGACCCUCUCACAGAGACUUAUGGAAUUCCAUUUUACUUACAAUACUUAGCUCAUUGGCCAGAGUAUUUUAUUGUUGCAGAAGCACCUGGUGGAGAGCUGAUGGGUUACAUCAUGGGGAAAGCAGAAGGUUCAGUCGCCAGAGAAGAGUGGCAUGGUCAUGUUACUGCGCUCUCUGUUGCACCGGAAUUUCGUCGGCUGGGUUUAGCUGCUAAACUGAUGGAACUACUUGAGGAAAUAUCAGAAAGGAAGGGUGGAUUUUUUGUGGAUCUCUUUGUAAGAGUGUCAAAUCAGGUUGCAGUGAAUAUGUACAAGCAAUUAGGCUACAGUGUGUACAGAACAGUGCUAGAAUACUACUCGGCGAGCAAUGGGGAGCCCGAUGAAGAUGCUUAUGAUAUGAGGAAAGCCCUGUCCAGAGAUACAGAGAAGAAAUCAAUUGUACCAUUACCUCAUCCUGUUAGGCCAGAAGACAUUGAAUAAGCUUAAGCUAUGGUUAUUUAUGCAAUAUAAUGAAAAUAACAUCUGUAGACAGCUGGGAACACUUUCAAAGAAUACUGUAGCAAUUAUUUCGAAUGUAAUUGACAGUCUUGGAGCAAUGAAAAGUAUGUGGAUUUGAAGGAAAGCCUUCAUUUUUAGGUGAAAUCCUUAAGCAAAAACAGAGUUGCGAUUGAAAUAUUUGCCAUUUAAUUUUUAAACUACAAAUAAAUAAAACCUCAGGUGUAUUAAACUACUACUAAAAAUUCAA